AUGGUGUUCAUCGGCAUACCACUUGUGUACUUUGAACUGACUUUGGGUCAGUUCACAUCGCUCAACUGCAUAGUGGUUUUCAACCGCAUGGCUCCGGCAUUUGCAGGACUUGGAGUGUCUAUGACGUUGCUAAGCAUUCUUGUAACCAUAACGGACCACCUGGCGCUGUACAGCUUCGUAGCUGUGAUAGCAGAGACAAUCCAGCUGAACAGAAAUGAGAUGCCUUGGCACAGCUGUUUCAACAUCUACAGUACUGAAG